UGUUAAGAGAUUCUUCAUGUUUAUGUUUUCUUCACAAAUUCGCUUUUCACGCUUUUUACGUUUAGCAAAGUACAUUGAGUCCGUCACCCUGAAACUGUUGAAAUGAAAACCGUUUUUGUGACCGUAGGGACAACAAGUUUUGAUGACCUGAUAGACACCGUGAUUUCCGAUGAGUCCGUGAAGGCAUUAAUUCAGCGCGGGUUCACAGACGUGAAUCUUCAGGUUGGCAGAGGUUCAGUUGUUCCUGAUCCAGAAAGCUGUCCAGGACUGAAACUUCAAGUGUUUCGGUUUAAAGACUCAAUCGCAGAGGACAUGAGACACUCAGACCUGAUCAUCAGUCAUGCCGGAGCAGGAAGCUGUUUGGAAGCACUCGGGGCAAAUAAACCUCUCCUUGUGGUGGUCAAUGAUAAAUUAAUGGACAAUCAUCAGCUGGAGCUCGCAAGGCAACUGCAGGCCGAUUCACAUCUCAUCUACUGCACGUGCAGUACCCUGCCUCAGACUUUGAGGGAAAUGGAUCUUACAGCUUUGAGACCCUUUGCGCCUGGUGAACCGCAGAACUUUGCCAAGUUUUUAGAUAAAGCCGUCGGACUUGUUUGAACCCUGUCAGAUUUUGGACUGUGGGUGAACUUUUUUCUAAUGGGACUAUUUGUGCUGGAUCUUCAGGACUCUGAUGUUUGAGAACCAAAUAUAUACACUACAACAGGUGUAAGAAAAUUAUUCAGAAACAAUUAUGCUGUUCUAUUUGUUAUGCAAUGCUGUCUUGUUUUUGACACAUUAUUUGUGGUAAAG